AUGACCAAUUCAAAUGAAUAUUUUGGAAAUACUUUUACAAAUGAAUUGUACAACACGAUUUACACGGAAAUAUUAAAAACCAAUCGGGAAGAGACAGAUUCAAUAGAUAGCAUUAUGGGACGAUUAGAAUCACCUCAAAAAGAACAGUUUAUUUCACUGUUUAUUGAUUUGAAAACCAAAAAUGAUCCUUUAGACAUGGAUUUUGUACUUCGACUUUGUCACAAAUUAUUAGAACAACAAAACAAAUCGAAUGUAUCGUUCUUGCAAACUGAUCAAAUAAUUGGUAGAAAUGAACUGAGUCAUCAAUAUUUUGGGCGAAAACAUUUUAAGGAUGACAAAUCUGAUCAAAAUGAAACCGAUUCGUCAUACGGUUUGUUUGACAAAAAAAAUAACGACCGUUUUUCUUUAUCAUCGAACAGGAUGAAUUUGUUGACUGACGCACGAAUAAAAUACGCUCGAAAACUGCUUCUAAAUCUGACACAAUGCGGCCAAGGCAUCAAAUGGGUAAAAUCGGACAACGACAACACGUGCGUUAUAAUUCCAAAUUUAGAAUUUGUGGUAAAACAUGUGAAUGAGCUUGGACGUCUGCAUAAAAUUAUCAAAGACUACGUUAAAGCCGACAACGAACACACCGGUCGGGUAGCCAAAGCUUUAAGAUAUAGUUUACAGGAGAAAAUGAAUUCAUAUUACGUUUAUGUUAACAAGUGGUUAAGUGCCAACUUUGACGUAUUAGAACAUUCUAAGGAUUGCUUACGCAUAUGUAUCCCUUUGGACCACGAUGUUCUGACAAGGUUCCAGUGUCUAGAGAAAAUUGUAAAGAAUUCCAAAGGCAAGAGUGGUUGCAAUUUAAUAUCGUCGGUGAUCCGCUCCAGUAUUCGUGAAAUUGAGAGUAAAAUGUUGAAUGAGAUCACCAAACCCAUAAAUGCAAUGGUACUCCGUUGGAUGACUGACGGUGAAAUAGAAGACGAACACGGUGAUUUUUUUAUAGUAGAAAACCUGUCUGAAAGUUAUUGGAAUAACAGCCACACAUUAAGUUCAACUAACACUUUAGAUUUUCUGAACGAAUAUCAGUUAAACUGUAUCUAUCAAACUGGAAAAAAUAUGAAUUUACUGUUAAAAAUGAUUAGUUCAAAGAUGAAUGCAAAAAUUGAAAAACUUAGAGAAAAUAUCAAAAUCCUAGCUGCCGAUGAAGAUGGACUCAUUAUUAUGUUGGCUGACAAGUGUAGUAGAACAUCAACAAUGCUAACUGACUUGUGUGAUCAAUCGUCUGCCUUGUUGACGGAAGUGUUAAUAGGUGAUUACAAUUUGUUUCAACAAUUCGAAGGACUACGAAAUUACAUGUUGCUUGGUCGUGGAGACUUUUACACUCAUGUAAUACACGAGUUGGAGCCGUAUUUUGGAAAUAAUGAGAUCUAUACAUAUCAGUUGAAUGAUAUCAUAAAAAAUUCAUAUGCUUUGACAUCCGCUAGUAAUGACAACGAGGAGCUGUUUAGUAAGCUGAAAUACCGAAUCGAUACGUCCGGCAAGGUGAACUGGAAUAGUAUCAAGUUCGAGUACAAGACUGAUGAACCUUUAAAUCAAAUAUUAGGUUCUUGCACUAACCAGUAUGUGAGCGUUUUUCAAUUCCUAUGGCGACUGAAAAAUGUAGAUUGGACUACACACAAAAUGUGGCAGGAACUUAACUAUUUCGUAAAGAAAUCAUACAACAAGAUUGAACUGAAACCGGUCUUGAGAAACAUUAACGCAUUACUGUCGAACAUGUUGAGCUGCGUAAACGAAAUUCAAAACUUCAUGUUUGAAAUAAUCAACGAUGAAUGGGAACAGUUCAAAAGUGAAACACAUAGAGCUACUUCCGUCAAAACGGUUACGGAUGCUCAUAUGUCGUUUUUGGAAUCAAUUACGAAAUGUGUGAAUGACGGAUCUGUGUCAUUGGACGCGUAUGUUGAAUCGUUGAAAAUACACGUCGAAAGGUUUUCCAAUGUCUUACGUUGUCUCGUCGAUACGACGGAAUCGUCGUCGUCCGAAGACCCGAAGACCCGAAAGUACGGCAAACUUUGUGAAGAAAAAAACAUGAUAAAUGCAUUUAUGGACAACUUUGGAGAUAUAAAAAAACAAUACGAGACGGAACUUGGCGACUUUUUGAUAAAACUAAAAAAUUGCGAGACACGAGGUCUAGGAGCACUAGCAUUGAGGAUCGACUUUAACGGCUAUUACUCAACCAACGUGAGUUGCAUCUAUUGGGCCCGACCGUGUGUAGUUAUUACGGGUGAGUGAUCGCGACCAGUAAGUCUGUGACAAUAUAAUAUUAUAAUAUCGAUGUUCAGCUUUUUUUUCUAAAAUUACACCUUUAACUUUGCGGCUGAUAAA